AGCCAUACAAACCCCAAGAGCAAAGAAUGGAUAAAGUGACGCAUAUUAAGGACCAGGGCUCCAGACACUUGUCCCAAGAAACAGUCAAGGAGCUGAUCCAUCAGUCUCAGGAGGCCAAGAAGCAAGCCUACUGUCCUUAUAGCAAAUUCCGAGUGGGAGCUGCUCUCCUGACCCCUGAUAACUCUGUGAUUACAGGUUGCAAUGUGGAGAACGCAUGCUACAACCUGGGUUUGUGUGCUGAAAGGAAUGCUAUCUCAAGGGCUGUGUCAGAAGGCUACAGAACUUUCAAAGCUAUUGCCAUUGCCAGUGACCUGAGUGACCAGUUCAUCUCCCCAUGUGGUGGCUGCAGGCAGUUCAUGAGAGAGUUUGGAUCAAGUUGGGAUGUGUACCUGUCAAAGCCUGACGGCUCGACCCUGAAGAUGACAGUGGACGAGCUGCUGCCCGUCUCCUUUGGCCCUCAAGACCUUUCCAUGAAGAAAGUGUGACAUUCUUAAUGAGUACUGAACCAGUACUAAAGUACAAAAAACACACACAAGUGUUGGUUCUUUGAAUCGCCAUGAUAUGUGUUGUGUUUAAUGCACAUGUUGAACAUGUAUUCGGGUUUAGCAGUAGUUAUAUUUCUGGUAGAUAUUUGUUUUAACACAUUUUUCAUUUGAAUUCACU